UGUCCCUUCAUACCUCGCGUGGCCAACGGCUCUUCUCCACCGAUCGCUCGUUCAUUGAAUUACUGUUUUCAGCCUGUUCAGUGCGAUUUACUGCAAUAAUCUGGAACCAACCAGACCGGACUAGCUCAUUUAACAUCUGUUGUUUUGCACACACUUUUCCGGCCUUCUUUUCGUCUGACUGCAGCGUUGAGGCUUGCUUUCCUGGUCUCGCUGGCUGGGUUUGGUCGGGGAGGCAGGGGAAGUACGAAGCUGCUCCCGAGCUAUGAUGGAGCUAGAGUCGGCCAGUGGCAGAGGCGAGCUGGGGGCUGUGGGGGACUCGCUGCAGCCACAGACUCCCAGCAGGCACGAGAAGAGCCUGGGACUCCUCACCACUAAGUUUGUGACUUUACUACAGGAGGCGAAGGACGGAGUGCUGGAUCUGAAAGCGGCUGCAGACACCUUGGCCGUGCGGCAGAAACGACGAAUCUAUGAUAUCACUAAUGUGUUGGAAGGAAUUGGAUUGAUCGAGAAGAAGUCCAAGAACAGCAUCCAAUGGAAGGGCGUAGGUCCAGGAUGUAACACCAGAGAGAUAGCCGACAAGCUGAUCGAUCUGAAGGCCGAGCUAGAUGACCUGGCUCUGAGGGAGAAUGAGCUGGAUCAGCAGAGAGUCUGGGUCCAACAGAGCAUCAAGAACGUGACAGACGACUCUAACAACAGCCCUAUGGCGUAUAUAAAACAUGAUGACCUCUGCGGAGCCUUCAAAGGUGACACACUCCUAGCGAUCCGUGCUCCCAUCGGCACACAGCUGGAGGUCCCCAUCCCAGAAUCGAUCCUCAACGGACAAAAGAAAUACCAGAUCCGUCUCAAGAGCUCAUCAGGUCCCAUCGAGGUCCUGCUGGUCAAUAAGGACCCCUCCAGUGCCUCUCCCGUUGUUUUGCCCGUCCCUCCUCCAGAUGACAUCCUUCAAAGCCUCCCAGCGCCGACACCUACCUCUCAGACGCCCACUGCUGCCCCCCAGGUCUCUAAAGCAGCCUCUAUAAAACCUGCGCCACCGUCGGUUACAGCAUCCAACCAGACAGCCUCAAUGACGGAAGUGACGAGCACCACGCCACUCACGCCAACAACAGACACCCCCGCUACAUUAACUCAGCAGCUCCAGUCUUCUGCCUCUUUGGACGGAUCUGUGUCAGCUUCUGCCUCUUCACUGUUUGAACCUAUUAAGUCAGAUCCCUCUGAAUUGCUGGACUUUCCCAAAGAACUCUCAGAUAUGUUUGAUCCAACAAAAGAGAUGAUGAGUGGAGACCUUUUAGACGACUUGAUGUCAUCAGAAGUGUUCUCGCCACUCCUCCGUCUGUCCCCCCCGCCCAGCGACCACGACUACAUUUACAACCUGGACGAGACAGAAGGGCUCUGCGACCUCUUCGACGUGCCCAUCCUUAAUCUCUGACCCCUAAAAAUGUUGUCAGAGUGGGAAACGGUUUCCCUAACUUGCUAAUCUACCCUAGUGUUGCCCCUUGCUUACAGUGGAGGUGCGACGAGGUGCAGGAAAGCCAAUAUGAUGAUGAUGAUGAUGAUGAUGAUGAUGCGCGUUCAAGGGCACCUCUGCACCGACAUGAUAAGCUGAGCUCAGUCAGACAGUAGCUCCUUGUACAGCCUCGUGAAGAAACACAGGCGAGAACAAAACAUUUUACUUACUGCCUUCUCAAGGAAACAGUCAAAACAAAUGACAUAUUUCUAUUUUUAGAUCGUUAUGUAUGAUAAAAAACGUCAUGUUUGUAUAUCAGCUUUCCCAUGUGCUUGUGAGUGACUGGAGUUUGCAUACCUGUGCGUCUGUGUGUGCUUGAGUUUUGUAUUGAAUGCUCUCUUGUGAGAUGUCUCCAGCAGAAAAAUAGACCCUUUUCCUGUCAGGUAAAGAGUCCCGGCAGACUAACAGAGCCGCUCACGCAUGGCUCGAGUCCAAACACAGCUGGUUAAAUAUGCACUGUCCUCAUGUACAUAGAGAAUAUAUAUUUUGUAUUACCAGCAGAUCGCAAGACUAUUGUGUGAUAAUGAACUACAUUUUCAACACCGGCAGAGCAAUAGUUUGCAAAUAAACAAAGGUUCCAGACACAAAUAAUCAUUCAUGAAGUGCUUUGUUUUGAAAUAUGGGAAUUUAUCUUCAUCAAACCUGUCACAGUUUAAAGUGUUUUUGUGAACCAGUUAGAGAAAGAGGACAUGUAUUAAGUGUAGUUACUGCAGCCAACACACUUUGUGACACAAAGAGCCAAGGACCAAAAUGAUGCAGGGAUUUUAUGGGUAGUGGGUGGGGAGGGUUUAAGAAUUUUUUAUAAAUAAAUACUUUUUAGAUCAAGGAGUUUGUCUCCUCCAACUGGUUCGAUAGUGCCACUGCUACUACGACCGGUCUGAUUUUGCCUUGGACUUUUUAUCUUGCUUUGAUGAAUAUGUAACAUAACUGGAACACGUCAUAAGAAAAGCUUCCCUCCCCCCCCUCGACAAAAUGAUUUCAAUGAUUAUGUAUGUAUAUGAUACCAUUGUACUCAGUUUAUCUGUAUGUAAAGGGUCAUGUAUGUAUUUUGACUGAUGCACUGAAUAUAGUAACGAUGUCAUGGAAAACACUCCUGUAUUUUUCUUGUUUUUGUAUAUUUUGCAAAGAUUAAAUUGUUUUUUAAUGUUUUCUCGGAUUCUCUUAAAGACACACUGCUUAUCAGCCUACAUUUUAUUUUUCAAACGCUUUCAUUUUUCUCUGUGCAGGGGACAGGUGAGUCCAGGAUGCGUUAUUCAUCUAAGUACAAUAUGGAGAUUAUUCAUAUUUCUACAGUGCUUCUUUUUAUGUAAUAUCCUCCUGUUUUUGCCCUGGAUAUGUAUGAAUGUACUGUUUAUAUCCUUACCGCUUGUAUAGAAUAGCAUUUAUUUUUUAUUCUGGAUAUAAAUAUUAUAACUGCUACUAAUUCAGGGCUACAAUUCAUAGCUUUUGAAUUUCAAACACAAAACCUGCUGCUUAAUCAAAGCAUCCUGUGUCAUUGUUGCACUUCACACAUCAUCUUAUCUGGUCCGAUCAGGAGCCAGUCAUUGUGUUUGGACAGUGCCAGGGAGUUCAACAGUACUGGGGUCAAUGGAUUCUGUGUGAGACUCCAUCCUACUAUUGCCAAGCUGUAGAUGCAUCGAACGAAACAAAAAUAAAAACUCUUCUCUGGUA